CAGCGCACUUCCGUCGUCUGCUUGACUUCCGGUAGACUGUACACUACAUGUGCCAACUGCGCAACUAAUACUUUUCUUUCAUAUUUUUCUCACUUCACUAAAGACUUUUAAAAAUGGCAGCAAAUGCAAAACUUUCGAAAAAUAUUCUGCAAAUGAAGUUUAUGCAGCGUAGCGUGCUGCAGCAGGAGUUAGACCAAAACCAGGAGGAACUUCAGCGCGCUAUUGAUGAUGAACACUGGGUCCGUGACCUUCCGCAGCACCUUAAGAGAGAUGACAGAUAUAUACUCCAGCCAAGUGUAACUCAGUGUGAACAUCUAGUAUUUGGUCGCCUAUCAUUCAAAGGAUUCAACCCAGAUGUAGAGAAACUUAUGAAGAUACAUGAUCAUGAAGAGGAAUUAUUAGCAGCUUGUCAACGUGAGAAAGAACAAAGCAUCACCGAGAGAGAAAUGGCCAAGAGGUACUCAGCUCUGGUUGGCAUCAUAUCAAAAAAAUUUACGUCAAAGAAAAGACGUUCUGAUGCUGUAAAAGAUGAGGAGGAUGCUGAAAUGACCAGAGCACCAAAAAUGUUUUUAAAACCAGAGGAAAAUUCUUGAGUUUGUAAUAAGGCUGUGCCUUAUUUGUUAGUAAAUUGCAGCUAUUUGGUGACUGAUGCUGAUGAUAAAAAGAAAAAUUUGUCGAUGUUAGAAUGGUGUUGGGAAAAAAGAUGCCUGCUAUGAGAAUCAUUUGUUGCUGGGGAAAAUUGUUGUAUGGAAGAUAUAAUGCUAUUAUUCUGUGCUGGAGUUUUUUAUAUCUUUGUGCUGUGUGCAUCUGUUGUGUACAAAUCUGUGGGACUCACUUGAACAAGCAAUAAAUUUUUGAAGAUAAAUCAA